UGUUUGGCCGUGACCCCACUCAUACCGAGAUCGAUCAAAAUGUACGCAUCGCUGGCUUGAAGACCGAAAUUUAUCAAUAUCAAGCGUUCGGCGUAUACUGGCAGAUGCUCAACUCUCGUUCUCUUGGAGGUGGCUUCGUAGCCGAUGAUAUGGGUCUGGGAAAAACUCUUUCAUUCCUUGCUUAUAUCAUUGUAGAGCGACAACUUUCUAUACUUUGGCGCGAAGUGAGAAAGUCCCGAGACUUGAAAGAUGGAAAGCAUUUAGUGGAAGGGCAGACUAAUGCUCAUGCAACAUGUCCGCAAGCGGGACAGCCUGGAUGGAUUGUCUGUCCAUGUGCGCCUUCCAGUCCAACAACGAGCAUGAAUCCGCAGCCUGGACUACGAAUGGCUUGCGUACCGCCAGCUCUUGUAUCAUCAUGGUGGGGUCAAUGGAAGACUCAUGUUGACACGACCCAUCCUCUUCUUGGGAUGAGGAUUGUAGUUGAUCACCCAGCAGCUUUCAAUGACAAGUCAACAAUCGAGGAUUUAAAUACACAGAGUACGAAAGUCGUAAAUCAAGACCGGAUGAAAGCCGAUGUGUUCAGGAAGGACAGGAACGGCGGAAAAGGUUACGAUCACCCGAGAGAUCAUCAAGCUGGCUGGCUUCUCCUAACCACCAAGGAGAAUUAUGGGAAGUUCGCAAAGAGAUUCGAAAGCAAAGGACAAGUCCUUGAUCCAGAAAACCCUGGUGAGUGGAAGAGUGGAAUCAGAGUGGCACUUGUUUUUGGCAUCGCUAUGAUCGACGAAUCACAUGAAGAGUUUUUCAAGAACAAAGGACGAGCACAGAUUCUCGCAAAUCUCCCAACACGCAAUUGUUCAGUCACUCCGUUUAUAUGGGGGUAUUCAGGAACACCAAUAGCACAGACGCCGAGAGGGCUGGAAGGUGUACUUUGGGCAAUCGAGAAACACUCAUGGGUUGAUUGGGCAACCGAUCCCAAAUUCCAGCGUUUCGAGUGGAAACAGCUUGAUGCCAUAUGUAAACGUUUCGACGCCCAAAUUAAGAGCAGCACGAGAGAUGACGCAGCUGUUGCGCAAAUCAUCGCUGACUUCGAGCCCUUUAUGGUCAACUUCAUCAUCAGACGUACUUCGAGCACGGACUGGUUUGGUCAUACACUAAUGAAACUAAAGCCUCAUGUUCAUCAAGAUGUCUGGUUGAAGGGAAACGAGAAAGCUACUAACGAUACUGCGGCUUUCGAAGCGUUGUUUGAUUCGAACAGAAAAGUCAUGCUUGAAAGAUUGCAAGCUAAUUGGGACAAUUUUCCCGAGAAGAGAUUGUCAGAUAUCAGACCAACUUUGCUGUGGUUUAACACCAUGGUCAGAGAAACCUGGAGAUCAAGACUUCUUGCCACAUUUCCAGGGCUUUGCAAGCUUGCCCACAGCCAGAAUGAAGCCGACCGAUUGACACUUACUGAAGAUGAAGUCAUUGGCUUCUUCAGAUCUCCCGAUCAAAAGGAGAGAGCCACGCCAUAUGGAAGGCACCUCAAGAAUAUUGUCGAAACGAGCCCGAAAUGUCUUUGGCUGUAUGAGUUUAUCACGCAGCUAAAUACGCAGCAAGACUGGGAUAAUCAAGUGGAGAAGUUGGUCAUAUUGACGGCUUUCCCACAAGCUGCAUUUAUCUUGAAACUUGUAAGCGCAAUCUACCAUCUCAACCCUAAUUGAAUCAUGCUAAUUCUUGAAAGUUCAUUCAAAGAUACUUCCCCGAGGACAAGAACCGUGUUGGAGUCAUCACCCAGCGCAUGAAGGCAAGUGAAAGACAACUCAUCAUUGACUGCUUCUGCGAUGCCAAAGACGACAGAAACUUGCCAAAAUACAAAAGAGAAGUCAAAUUCUUGAUUGGUACAACGAUCGCGUUGGGGAAGGGCCUGGGACUGACACGAGCACGGAAUAUCGUGCUGAUGGAGCCGGACAAUUUCACAACGGAAUCUCAAGCUUAUGGUCGUGUCGAUCGAAUCGGGCAGAGAAACCCAAUGUCUCAUUCGUACCGCUUGAUCGAUGCUAGCAGCGAUAUUGAGCAAAAGAUUAUCA